CGGCGGGAUUUUUGCCGUCGUUGAGAGAUCACGAAUCCGGUGCGCGAUUACCGCCCGGUGCAUUGCCGGCCGUGCAUUCGACUCCGAUUUCCGUCGCAGCGUGACAGGGCGCGCGCCUGUGCGCGACGACGGCAGUUCGUGCAACGUGAAUUCGCUCGUCGGCGCUCUUCCCCCCGCCUUUCCCUUUUCCCUGGAUUGCCAAAAUGGUGGCUACGCAUAACGCGGGUGAUGUGUGGUAGGCGGAUAUCGGCUCGCACUGCGAUCGUUUCAGGGAGGCGCGAGGAACGCGAGCGUCGUUACGCGAAGCCGACAGCAUGGGCGACCCGAAGAGCCAGCACGGCGCGCAGGAGAUGAAAGGCUGGCUUUUCAAAUGGACGAACUACCUGAAAGGUUAUCAACGGAGAUGGUUCGUCCUGUCAAACGGCCUCCUGUCGUACUACAGGGCUGAGCCAACAGGGGGGCCAAAGAUAUCAACGCGACGCAAGCGGAGGGCUGGCAGAGCCUCCGAAAACCCUGCGGAGAUGUCUCACACAUGCCGCGGCACGAUUUCCUUACACGGGGCCUUAAUACACACGGUGGAUGCGUGCACCUUCGUCGUCAGCAACGGCGGCACGCAGACCUUCCACAUCAAGGCGUCGACCGAAGUGGAACGACAGCAGUGGGUCACAGCCCUUGAGCUGGCAAAAGCCAAGGCUAUUCAAGCGAUGGAAUCUGAAGAAGAGGAGGAGGAGUAUCAAGAUAACGACAAUCAAAACGUAGAAACUGCGUCUGUGAUUAAGGAUCUAACGCGACGGCUGGAGGACCUGCAAGCGUGCAAUGACUUGAUAUUCAAGCAGGGAGCUGCACUUCAACGAGCUUUAACCGAUUUGGAAACGCUUGAGCCUCCGUCCCCCGAAUUAGCAGCAAAAUUUAAGACCGUCAGCGAGCGAGCCACGCUUUUCCGGAUCGCGGCGAAUGCUAUGAUUAGCACCAGCAGUGAUUACUUGCAGCUAGCUCAACAACAAGAGCCUAAAUGGAAGAAGAUGUUGCAGCACGAACGCGACCAAAAGACGCGAAUAGAGAAGAUGGUCGAGCAGUUAGCCAGGCAACAUUCCAACCUGGAAGAAGCUGCACAGCACGCGAUUCCUUCAGCGGUGCCCACGGGAGGACACAGGCCUUCGCAUCCUGCAAUCACAACGUCACCGUCAGAGGAUGAGGAAGACAAUGCUGAAUUUUAUGAUGCGCAGGAAUCAGACACUUUCACUCUAACCAUACCUACGAAUAAUUCAAGAGAUCGCACUGAUUCGCAAGGUAGCGACGAUGGCUCCAGUUCGGAAGGAGAUCCAACGCCUUUGCCCGUUUCCGAUUCCACUGGCGCUGAGUCCUUUCUUAUUGUGACCGAUUCUACAGCAGCUCAGACUCUCUCAUCUGUUAGGAGCGUGGACAAUCUGGACAACGCAGCUUGGCAGGCCAGCAAUGGCAGUAGUGGCACCAGGAUGACCACCGUUUCCAAGAAGAAACGAAGGACUCGGGUACCUGAUAAACCAAAUUAUCCCUUGAAUCUAUGGAGUAUUAUGAAAAAUUGUAUUGGCAAAGAUUUAUCGAAAAUUCCCAUGCCAGUAAAUUUCUCCGAACCGCUUAGUAUGCUUCAACGAUUGACGGAAGAUUAUGAGUAUGCGGAUAUCCUUGACAGGGCUGCAGAAUGUACAGAUAGUUACGAGCAGAUGGCUUACGUAGCCGCGUUUACUAUAUCUAGUUACUCUACAACCGCCACUAGAACGGGAAAGCCUUUCAAUCCUCUGUUGGGUGAAACUUUUGAAUGUGAUCGUACGGACGACCUUGGAUGGCGCGCGAUUUCGGAGCAAGUGUCCCAUCAUCCGCCCAUGGUAGCUCAACAUUGCGAAGGGAAGAAGUGGCGGUGUUGGCAAGAAUUCACAAUGGCUUCUAAAUUUCGCGGAAAGUAUCUUCAGGUGAUUCCUCUGGGCACUGCUCAUCUGGAAUUCGACAGUGGGCUGCAGCACUACACAUGGCGUAAAGUCACCACUACAGUACAUAAUAUUAUAGUUGGGAAAUUGUGGGUGGAUCAGAGCGGCGAUAUGGAUAUUGUAAAUCAUAAGGAAGGUAUCAAGUGCCAUUUGAAGUACAUACCAUAUUCAUACUUUUCGCGAGACAGUCAACGCAAGGUAAAGGGCGUAGUCAUGAAUUCGAACAAGGAAGUUAAGUGGGUGGUGCAGGGUACGUGGGACGCGAAAAUCGAAAUUGCUCCAGUGAUCAGCACGUCUGGCACACCUGAUAACCCAGUCUACAAAACGGGUCCCUACAUAUUAGCUUGGAAACGACGUAUGCCUACCGAGGACUGUGAGAAAUAUUAUUCAUUUACGGAAUUAGCAUGUCAAUUGAACGAACCGGAGGAGGGUAUAGCCCCGACGGAUUCACGACUGAGGCCUGACCAACGUUUAAUGGAAAGCGGACGAUGGGAUGAAGCUAACGCGGAGAAAUUGCGUUUAGAAGAGAAACAAAGAGCUGUUAGACGGGCGCGUGAACACGACGCCGAGAAGGCUACUACGCAAGGAUUACCUUACGAAACGUACGAACCGCUGUGGUUCAGCAAGAAGCAGGACCCGUUCACAGACAGCCGUUGUUACGUUUUUAAUAACGAAUAUUGGGAUUGUAAGAGCAAAGGUGACUGGUCGCGAUGUCCAAACAUAUUUUAGUAGUUUAGUUAUAUUCGAUUGCAAUGUGACUCGUCACAUACACACAGUGCGGAGGAGUUCUGGAUCGUUUAAAAGUGACGAUAGCCGAUAUUAGAGAGGUCGUGACCGUUCACGGUCGAGACUUAAAAUUCUUAUGAAAUAACGUUAACGUGAUAGUGGGGUUGUUAAUGGGAUAUGGUUUAGCAAUUAAUUCUUCCAAUGAGAAGUGGGCAAAGUUGUUGGCAUUCUGACAUGUACAAUAUGCAGUUUGUAUUUGUGUGUCAUCGCUUUUGCUAUUCUUUGAUUCUCCUAUAUUUUCCCCCUUUCGUGUUUCUUUCGCCUAUCAUUCCUUUCAUCUGUCUUUUAUUCGCAAUCAAGCUUACUUAAUUCAAUAGUCAAUUAACGUGUAUCUAAUUUUUUUGCAAAAUUAAUGAGCAAUCACUCUUAAAUUUUUCGGCCCCGUUAAAUUCGCGCCACAUUAGUCGCAUAUGCGAAAUCGCAAGUAAUCGAUAUUCGUACAAACAUCAAUCGAGUAAAGCUCGUAUAUUUUGUUACUACAGCCUACAACUGAGAUAGCAAUAAUAAGAUCACAAAGUCACUUUUGUCCAUUACUGGGAGGGGGAGGGGAAAUCGAAUCAAGCUCAAUGUACCACUUUAUAAUCAGUAUUCUCAAUUUAUCUUUAGAGACAAAUACGAACUUAAUUUCCUAGAAGCAUACUAAUCCGAGUUUAAGUUUUUCCGAAAUUGGUCGUGCCCAUUAUAUACAUGAGAAUUUUAUAUAUUUCGUUAUUUAUAUCAUUGAUGAGUUUGCAUAAGUGCGAAAUGAGGAAUAAAAUUGAACUGCAAUUUAACGCGAAUUUAUGUAAAUAAUCUAUUUUAACAGAGAUACGAAGAAAAAUUUCCAAAUAUAUACAUAUAGAAAACUAAUUGGAUUUUGAUCCGUACUAUCACGCGUUUAUAACUUUGUCGCAAUUUUUUCCUCAUUGCAUAAUCACCGUUUGUUUAAUUAGCGGAAUGUUGUAAUACCUAAAGUGUCGGGAAUAGAAGUGAAACCCGACGAUACUGUACGAAUUUAAGGAAGAGAAUAUAAAAAUCGAAUGUGUAAAAUUCGAAGAUUUAUAUGACUAUUUCGGAUACACGUGACGAUCUCGAAUGCAACGACGACCGUUCGCUGACAUGUUGCGCGACGUAAAUAAUGUAAAACCGUCGACGAGAUGAUGCGCUUCCAAGUCUGGCCAGGUGUUCUCGGAAAAGAAAACUCUACGCUGUUUCACAUGCGUCGCAGAUUUUCAACAUGCUAGACACACUUCGAGUGCUUGGUCAAGUUGCAAUGUGGAAGUAUGCAAUGUAACACUAAACGGACAAAACGAUAAAAAGACAGCUGUACGAAUCAAAGGCUCCUAAGUGCUGCUCUGCCCCGAUCGAAGAAACCGAAAUCGGGUCUCGAGCUUAACGAUCGUUUCUUUUUUGAAACUACGCUCUAAUAUAAAAGGAAAAAAAAUACCACUCACACAUUCAUAUGUAGACAUGCGCGACCGAUUUAUAGCGAAUAAUUUGCGUAUGUACGUAUGUUUGUAUGUAUGAUGUAUGCAUGCAUGUAUGUAUGUAUGUAUGUCGGAGUUAUGUACAUAUAAGGAUUAAUUGAUGAAACCUAUUGUAUAUCCCUCUUACUUAUGAGCACAUAGACCGUUCCAUUCGUGACGUUAUAUCUACGCUGUAUCUAGCGCCGCGUGCGCGAGUAACGCCUUGAUGAUGAGCGGAACGGCUAGCUUGCAGCCAAUGUGCUAUGAUGAUGAUGAUCGUUACACUAAGUCCUCUGGCUGUAUUAUAAUUUUAAUAGUUUCUAAUAAUCGAGAUGAUUAUAUAUUAUACAACACACCUGUAUACAUAUAAAUACGAAAAAAAUAUUAAUGAAAAUAAAUAAUUUAACAAGAUACGACGAGAGUGUGAAGCGAGUAGUGAAGCUGUCUUCGGAUUAUUAGCGCUUGUACAUUAGCUAAUUCGUGUGGAAAAAAAGAUAAAUACAAAUAUGCUUCGCUACAAAAGGAUA